GCAUGCGCAGUUCACCGCUUGACCCGGGGAGAAGCAGCGUCGCCAUUUUGGUUCUGAAGGGGGGCCUGCUGUCACCACGUGAAGACGAGAAGCCCCAGACAGCGAAGUUCGGGGGGCUUUUACGAUACGGCAGACAAUCCGGCCAGAGGAUCGAGGAUUCCGAUUCAUGAUCAGAGCAAAGUCACGGUGAUCAGUACUCAAGAAGAAGAAGAAGCAUGCCCUCGGUAACUCUGCCGCCGAAGGAGAACGCUCUCUUUAAGAGAAUAUUGAGAUGCUACGAACACAAGCAGUACAGAAAUGGGCUCAAGUUUUGCAAACAGAUCCUGUCCAACCAGAAGUUCGCUGAACAUGGAGAGACCCUUGCAAUGAAAGGACUGACUCUGAACUGCUUGGGCCGAAAGGAGGAGGCGUAUGACCUAGUGCGACGUGGCUUACGAAACGAUCUGAAGAGUCAUGUCUGUUGGCACGUUUAUGGUUUGCUUCAGCGCUCGGAUAAGAAGUAUGACGAGGCCAUCAAGUGCUACAGGAAUGCUCUUAAAUGGGACAAAGACAAUCUGCAAAUCCUCAGAGAUCUCUCACUGCUGCAGAUCCAAAUGAGGGACCUCGAAGGUUACAGGGAGACCAGGUACCAGUUACUGCAGUUGCGACCGGCUCAAAGAGCCUCCUGGAUCGGUUAUGCCAUCGCGUACCACCUUCUGGAAGAUUAUGAGAUGGCAGCUAAGAUCGUGGAGGAGUUCCGCAAAACACAACAGACGUCUCCAGAUAAAGUGGAUUACGAGUACAGUGAGCUGUUGCUUUAUCAGAAUCAGCUGUUGAGGGAGGCCGGGCUUAACAAAGAAGCCCUCGAUCACCUGACCAACUAUGAAAAACAGAUAUGUGACAAACUGGCUGUAGAGGAGACACGAGGAGAGCUGCUUCUCAAGUUAGAUCGGGCUGGUGAAGCUACGGAGGUCUACCACCGACUGCUGGAGAGAAACCCUGAGAACUGGAGCUACUAUCAAGGGCUAGAGAAAGCACUCAAACCAAAGAGUGUCGAGGAGAAGCAGAAAAUCUAUGAAGAUGCCUGGGUUAAGUAUCCUAAAGGCCUGGUGCCAAGAAGACUUCCUCUCAACUUCCUCACAGGUGAGAAGUUUAGAGAGUGUUUGGAUCGCUACCUGAGGAUGAACUUCAGCAAAGGAUGCCCGCCUGUCUUUACCACACUGAAAUCACUCUGCCAUCAAAAAGACAAUGUAGCAAUAAUUGAGGAAUUAGUUGUGGGCUAUGAAAAAAGUUUGAGAACUUGUAAAAUGUUCAACCAAAAUGAUGAUGGGAAAACGGAGCCGCCCACUACUUUACUGUGGGUUCAGUAUUUCCUGGCCCAGCAUUUCAACCAUAUCGGCAAACAGACUCUUGCCCUCGAGUACAUCAACACAGCCAUCGAAAGCACCCCCACCCUCAUAGAGCUCUUCCUCAUCAAGGCGAAGAUAUAUAAGCAUGCGGGUAACAUCCGUGAAGCUGCUCGCUGGAUGGAUGAGGCCCAGGCUCUGGACACUGCUGACCGUUUCAUCAACUCCAAGUGUGCCAAGUAUUUGCUCAAGGCUGGACUUAUCAAAGAGGCUGAAGAGAUGUGUUCCAAGUUCACACGGGAAGGAACCUCUGCUGUAGAGAAUCUGAAUGAGAUGCAGUGCAUGUGGUUCCAGACGGAGUGUGCUCUGGCCUACAAGUCCUUGAACAAAUAUGGAGAGGCGCUGAAGAAGUGCCAUGAAAUUGAGAGGCAUUUUGUGGAGAUAACAGACGACCAGUUCGACUUCCACACAUACUGUAUGCGGAAGAUGACGUUGCGUUCUUACGUCGAUUUGCUCAAUCUAGAGGACGUGUUGCGUAUGCACCCUUUUUACUUCAAGGCAGCACGUACAGCCAUCGAGAUCUACCUCAGCCUUCAUGAUAACCCGCUCUCCGAUGACAACAAGGAGUCGCAGGCCGACAAUGCUGCUAAGAUGAUGGUCUUUCUGGACCCCUCCUCUGAGGGGAUGGCUGCCGAGCUGGCUACCUCCUUGAAUGAGUCCCUAACAGGCAGAACCAUUCAGACGUGUACCGAGGUGCUCCAGGCGUUAAGGGAUGGCAGUCUGGGCUCGCAGCAGGAGAAAAUUCUCGAAUCGUACCGUGCGUCUUGCCAUGGUAUCUAUCCCUAUGCUUUAACCUUCAUGCCCCCCAGUUACCAGGACAACUCUGCGGUGACCACCAAUGGAGACCUGUCCCCCUGUGACCACGAGGACAUGCCCAAUGAGAUGUGAGCGUUUCAGGAAGGGAGCAGGGUAGCCGUUUUAUGGCGUCAGCAUUUUGAGACCAGACGCUCCACUGAGGUUGAGACUCUACUGCACCAAUGAGACCAUGGUUACCUUCUUUUCCACUCACGGAAGCGAGCGAGCAAUAGGGGAAAAACCUGUUUUACAAUUUUUUUUUUUUCUACUUUCUAUCUUGUUUUGCUUUUAAAAAAAAAAAAAAAAAAAAGCCAAUGGCGUCUCUUAUGCUAGAACAGAAUACACGGUAUUAAAGAGAGAGAUUGAUCAAGAUGGUCACAGUGAACUCAUUGGGCCUAAUUCCUGUUUAUCUGACACAUGCAUCUUGCUUAACAUGUUUUUAAGAGUAAUUUAUAUAAGAUAAUAUUAAAAAGAACCGAAUAAUAUCAGGAGGAGCAAUACUUUUGGUCCUGGUUUGACUUGCGUGGUCGUGUGCCAAACCUGUGGGGCGGACAUUUAGAUGCAGAUGACGGCACCUGUUUGCGAGGGUACGUGGGAAGGGGGGUUGGGGGUGUGGGGAGUGUGUGGCACUGAAUUAAUGUGGCUGGGCAGAAACUGUUCCAGGAUCAGCCACCAAGGGGAGCCAGCAGUGAAAACCCUCCAUGUCUGCUGGGAGAGGAGACACUGAUGUUCAGCCAAUAAGCUGAUAACAGUCGAUUGAAAGGUCACCUGGAGUGCCGAUGAGAGGCAGAUGUGCAUCUCUUUAUUUUGUUAUUUUUUCUCUUUCAUCCUCUGCUGCCUUUCGGUUUUCCAGUGAAUGUCUUAGAGGCGGCAGUGGCAUCUGUUGGACCUGUAGGACUUUUACUGUGACUGUUUCUGUUGGGUUUGUUUGGCAUCUUUUAUUUUUUUCUCCCACUCACUGUUUGGUGUCUCAUGUUGGUUUCAAACUUUCUGCUUUGUUUAUGAUUUUUUUUUCCCCAUAAUACAGGACUCCAUCAAACAUACCACUGUCUGAAUUCUGAGAACAUGUUCUGUCAUUUGACACUCACACAGUUACAAAUAAAACAAAAUAACAUGA